AUGUCCUCUCUCACAACCGCCGAACUCGCCAUCUACGCCGUACUGGUUCUGCCGACACUUUUUGUUUUGUUCAAGCACGGCAAGCCAGGACUGAUAGGUUGGGGGUUUCUAUUCGUCUUCUGCUCUCUCCGCGUCAUCGGAGGUGCUUUGUUUCUCACAGACAGCUCGGCCGCUGUGACCGUCUCGAAUAUUGGCCUGUCUCCUUUGCUCAUCUGCACUGCCGGAUUAUUACACGAAGCGCAAUACUACCGAGAAAAGCCCAGCAGAGCCGAGAAAGUCAAGAUCGUUCUAUUUCACCUGCUCGUUGGUGCAGGAGUUGCCCUUAUGAUAGUUGGACUCUCCGGAGUACAGUCAAAGUCCCCAACUCCAGAUGAUCAAAAGAAGGUCAAGAUUGGUCUGGGAAUCUUGACAGCUUCUUGGGGUUUUCUCGUGUUGCAGGCUAUCCGUGCUGCAUUUGAGAAGGGGUACUCUUCAAGAGAUAAUGUGUUUAUCACACGACUUUUGAUCGCCGUGGCUAUCGGACUUGUCUUCGUUGGAAUCAGAGUCAUCUACACGCUAGUCGCCCUCACUUCAAACGAUGCGGAUUUGAACCCGAUCACCGGUACUUUAGCCGUUCGAGUAGUUCUGUCAUUCUUGCCGGAGCUUAUUGCCGUACUCGUUCACCUGGUCGCGGGUCUUUUGACACGUGACAUCCGUGCCUUGUCCGAAAGGGAAGAUAAGACACGGGACAGUCUCGACUCAGUGGCGUGA